GCGAGGCAAAAUCUCAUUCCCUUACCGCAAAGUACAUCCAUCAAGAUGGUUCGCCGUAGUUCGGUCGUGGUUGGUCUGGUUUUGGUUGCGUUCCUGGGCACGGUACUGUCCGUACCAAUCUGGAACCGCAUCGUCGGCGGGCAAUUGGCUGAAGACACCCAAAUGCCGUACCAGAUUGCGCUCUUCUACCAAGGCAGCUUCCGGUGCGGUGGCUCGAUCAUUGGAGAUCGCCACGUCCUGACGGCGGCCCAUUGCGUAAUGGAUGACGAUGUGCUCCUCCCGGCGUUCAAGUUUGGUGUUCAUGCCGGGUCCGCACACUUGAACGCCGGUGGUAAGCUGUUCAAGGUUCGGGCAGUGUACCCGCACGAGGGCUACGGCAACUUCCAGCACGAUAUCGCCGUGAUGGAGAUGAAAGAACCGUUUGCCUUUGACAAGUACAUCCAGCCCAUCGAGCUGAUGGAUCAGGAGGUUCCCCUCGGCGGUGAAGUGGUGAUUUCUGGUUACGGACGCGUCGGUAGCAACGGACCCGUCUCGCCCGCGCUGCUCUACACGUCGAUGUUUGUGGUGGAGGACGAAAACUGCAACUCGAUCAGCGAGGGUUUGAUGUGCAUCGAUAAGGAGGGUAGCUACGGUGCGUGCAAUGGCGAUUCGGGCGGCCCGGCCGUAUACGAUGGCAAGCUGGCCGGUGUGGCCAACUUCAUCAUUGACCAAUGUGGUGGAAACUUUGCCGAUGGUUAUGCCAAGGUGUCCUUCUAUCUAGACUGGAUUCGUCAAUUCCUGGAGUAAGCUGCCAUUUGCAAGUGUUUCCCUUAAGGGGAGAACGGCGAGUGAGUUUGGUUAAGCAGGCAAGGGAAUAAAGUGUGGCGAAGUGAUGCAUAUA